AUGAGUGGAACUGAAGAACGACAGGGAUCGUCAUCUGUAAACAAAGAAAUGAGUUUUGCAGAGAGGCAGGCGGAACGAAUGAAAAGGCUACGUUCUUUGCACACUGCUAGAAACGAAGCUAGAAGUCACAAUCAUCAAGAAGUCGUCGCUGAAGAAACAAGGAAUAAAUUACCUCCAAAUUAUGAAGCCAAACGACGACAGGCUGAAUGGUUAUUGGAGGAUCAGAAAAAACGAGAAGAAGCAGCGCUACAAGGUAAAGAAUACGAUAGAGUAAAAGUUUUAAACAUUUCUGCGAUCGAAGCUGAAAGACUUGAGCGUAAAAAGAAGAAAAAGAAUCCCGAUCAAGGUUUUUCGACGUACGAACAAGCAACAGUUAGGCAGUACAAUAGGCUUGUUAAAAAUAUGCCAGCUGCUGACAUGGAACAGUACGAGAAGCAGAAACAAAAGUAUGGUGACGCAUUUUACGGUGGACCAAAUGUCAUAAUUCACGGAAUGCAUGAAGAUCGCAGGGAAGCAGUGGAUAAAAUGGUUGAUGAUUUAGAAGGUCAGAUUGCAAAACGGGCAAAAUACUCACGCCGUCGUAUUCACAACGAUGACGCAGACAUUGAUUAUAUCAAUGAAAGAAAUGCUAAAUUCAACAAAAAACUCGAAAGGUUCUAUGGAGACCAUACAGCAGAAAUUAAGCAGAAUCUGGAAAGAGGCACUGCUAUA